UCAGUCUUAGGCUGGGAUCUCCUUUACGACGAGAUUGUAUGCUAAAGGUUUGAGCUGGUGUCGUAAUUCUGGUUCAUGCAGUUUUUAACAUAAAUUAACAUCCAAUAUCAAAUAACAAGGGGUUUAGGAGACUAUAGAAUUGUAAGGGAUUACAAGUCUUUUAACUUCCUAUGUAGAAUGCAUCAUUCUAUUAGUUGGCAGGGUGUUGUUUGGUUGUAGGUUGAACUAGAUGAUCUCAGAUGUCUUGCCCAAUCUUAUUGAUUCUGUAACUUCAUGCAUUAAAUUCCUAUAUGUAUUCACGUAUCUAAUAGCAUCAUGCAAAACUGGGGCAAAAAUUAUGCAGAGCAAUAUUUCUAAGUGAUAAUUUUAGCCAUUUGAUUUUUGUUUUGCUCGUACACCAUAGCUUCUUAGCUGUUUUCCCAAAAGUGUAUAUACAAUUUUGAUCUAAAUAAUUUCUUGUGACAGUAAUUUAAAGUGUUAACUGUGUGUUCUUUAAAAUUAUUUUGGUAACGUCCUUAAAUUAAAGUAAGCAUAUCUACAAAAUUCCAUUUUGAGACUAUAGACAGAGAUUCUGCUCAGUGCUUCAUCGCAUUUAAAAAUGUCAUGAGAAACCACAGCUCAAAGCUGGGUUACUCCCUCAGCUGUUACAUAAAACCAACCUAGAACUUCUCUUCAGGAUGUUAACUGUAGUGACCACACAGAGGUCUAUAAACAUUUCCGUAUGAAUUAUUCCCCACUUUUUGUUUUAGCAAGAAUGUAAGCUACGCUACUGCUUUCUGAGAUUUAUAGGCUGGAAAAAUCUACACUUUAUUGUGAUAUUUUGUAAAGAGCCUGAAAAGCAUCAUUUUUCAGGGAGAAAGAAAUGGUCUAGUUUUACAUUAAAAUUUAUAAUUUCAGAUAUUAUUUUGGUUUUCCAGAGUUUGCUUUUUGUGGUCUGAUUUCUCUCUUGAUCUGUGGAAAAAUUCUGGGAAAUUCUGUUGUACCUGGGAAUGUGAGUUGAUUUUUACAUAGGUGGCACUCAUCUUUUUCUUAAAAGGAGGCUGAAACAGACGGCUUAAAAAGAACAGUUGGACAUGGCUCUUGACUAUGGUCAACCUGAAGCCAGGAUGGAACAAGUGGUGUUUGGGCUGGGCAGACUGGAUUCAGAAAGCACAGAGGCUCAACGCUGAGGCAUAGACCACAGACAUUUCCUACUGGAGUAAGGCACCUGUGAUGGGAAAAAAAAGUCCUAGUCCCAGGGGAAGUUUGAUUCUAAUUACUGGUGUGCUUUUUAAAGAACAACUGUCAAUACGAAGGACAAUGCACAGUGUGUGUCCUGAUGACAUUUUGUGUGCUGCAACAUGGCUCUGGUCAUGGCAUCUGAGACUGAAAAGGCCCAUGCUCUUCUCCAGACUUUCAGCACAGCGUCAGUUCUUUCCAGUCUAGGUUUGGGGAUAUUCUGCUUUGUAGCAGACAGACUCCUGCAGUUUUCCUUCAUUCAGCAGAAUGACUGGCUAAGAGCCUUAUCUGAUAAUGCAGUGCAUGGCAUACUGGGGAUGUGGUCCUGGGCGAUAGUGAUUGGACUCAGGAAGAAAAGUGACUUCACUGAGGUCACCCUAGCUGGCUUUCUUGCCUCUGUCAUUGACGUGGACCACUUCUUUCUUGCUGGAUCUCUGUCAUUAAAGGCUGCUCUGACUCUUCCGCGGAGACCACUUCUUCAUUGUUCUACUGUGAUUCCUGUGGUGGCUCUGACAUUAAAGUUUAUCAUGCAGCUUUUCAGGCUUAAGGACUCAUGGUGCUUUCUUCCCUGGAUGUUGUUCAUAUCCUGGACUUCUCAUCAUGUCCGUGAUGGGAUUCGUCAUGGCCUCUGGAUCUGCCCGUUUGGAAAAACUCCUCCCUUGCCAUAUUGGCUGUAUGUGGCAAUUACAGCAUCUUUACCUCAUCUGUGUUCAUUUAUUAUGUAUUUAACAGGCACUAGAGAAUUAAUGUCCAUAAAACAUGGAAUCCGCAUUGAUGUAUAGGAAUAAUGGCGUUUCAAGGUGGUUUGUGCAAGCACUUGAAAUAACCUGCCUGUCUGUCACUGAAGGGUUUCCGUGUGUUUCCUACACCUUCUGAAUUAGGCAUUUUAAAGUUGUAGAGCCAAUUACAGCUCUUGUGUUAAUUCCUUGUGGGCACAGAACCUAUUUAAUGAAUAAUAAUAAUUUUAUAUCUCUACAUUUCCCUUGUACAGUGUGUGGUCUUCCAUGAUAGUUCAUGCAUAGUGAGCUGAUUAUAAAGUACUUAGUUUCUCUCUGUAGUAAUUACAUUGCAUUUUACUGUUAUGGUGCCAUUCAUGUGAUCACCAUUCACUUUGGAUUUCUAUUCUGCCUCUGGAGAAUAUGUUUCAUCCAGAUAGUAUUUGUAUGGCACUUUAAAAAUUUGAAGUUCUAUAUAAAUGCAGAUAUUAUUGAGGAUUUAAUAGUGUAUGGGAAUUCUAAAAAAAUCUCUGUUAGCCUUUCUAAUUUAUUAAUAUGUUAGGAGUCCUGCUGGAUUUUUGCAUUCAAGCAUUUUAAAAGAAACACCGCCUCUAUUUCACACUGUCUAUCCACACCUCUUUGAACCUGUAAUCACAAAGUGUUUUACUAAAUUCUGUAUCCCCCUGUCAUUGCUUAAUACUAAAUUUUCAGAAAAUUACUAGCCUCAAAAUUAGAAAGGGGUAUACAGAUUGCUUAUAGUAUUAUGUUGUGUUGUCCAAUUUGUUUAAUUUUUAAAAAUACACAAAAUAUGAAUGCUGUUUAAUUUGAAACCAAGGAAUUUUAGUUAAUAUUUAAGAAUUGUGUGAAGAUUCAGGGAGACUCAAGAAAAUAAAAUUUGCUUAUAAAACAGGCUUGCUUAAAGAUAUUACUACUCAGUAAAGCAUUUUCCAUUAAGUGCAAUAUCAUCCUCAUAAGUGUAAAAUAAAAUGCAUUAUAAUUAUUAUUAUUAUACUACAGAAAUAUAAAUUUCCUCAUAAAGAAGAUCCAUAAGGAAAAGUGUUAUUAUGCUGCAGUUUAUGAGGUAGUAAUUUGCACUAUGGACUAUUCAGUUUUUGUUUAUAGACAUCUCUCAGAAAGAGUCCCAAAUUAAAAGUUGUCUGGUCUUGUCUAACUAGACAAGACUGUCUAGACUUGUGCAGUUUAUAAUAUACAAGCUGAGAAUGUCUAUUAAUAAUUUUUAAAUUUUUUAUUCACUGCCCAUAAAAGAGAUGGGGCCUUAACUACUCCAGCUUGUGAUGAAUAGCUGUCAAAAGGGGAUCAUUUUUAUGGAACUGCAUGUAUAAGGUAGCAUGUGUUUAACUUAGGUUACCAAGGGGUGUAAGGGUUUAACAUGAUGUGUACAUUUACAUUAUUAAAUGUGUAUUAGAAUAAAGUUUAAAAAAUUAUUAAAUGGGAUGCUUGUUGUAAUAAGUACCAGAAACUUCCUGUGGCUGCAGAAUCCUUAAGGCUGUUUGAAGCAUUCUAUGCUAAUCAUGGAAAGUGUUGCACCUCUUUAAAAUGUGUCUUUGCAUCAAAAGAAUAGUCACUGUCCUGUCUGUUCUUCACGUUAGAAACUUAUGCCAAUGCAAACUUGCUUGAUAGUACAGUGGGCCUGUCUAGCCUUUAUUAUAAAAUGAAUAAAAGGUUUCUUUGUUGGAAAGAAGAUUGGAAGAGCAAAAACCCCCUUAGAGGUUUAUCCUCAUGCUGUGAAUUUCUGUCCUUUAGAGUUUUCCAGAAACAGCAUAAGAAAUAUCUUGCUUUAGAGCUUCAGAUCAAAACUGGUUUUCAUCCAAAUGCAGGAUGGUUUACUAGAGGAGCAUUGCUCAUUCAUUUUACUUCUAUCUUGUAUUUUAAAGUACAGGCUAUGAAAUGCCAAUAAUGAAUAAAUUUUGUGCAAGGGGUGAAGACUGAAACCUGUGUAGAAAAUUUUCUCUAUUCUUGUUUCAUGAUAUAAAGUUUGUAUAAUUUUGUGCUUUAUCCAGAUUUUUUUUCAAAGGGAAAUGUAUAAUAGGAACACGGUGUAGAAUUACACUUUCUCACUUUCAGACUGUAGCUGUAGUGUUUCUGGUAAUUAGGUCUACCCACAGUCCUUAAAAUCAGUACUGUACUGUUCUAGCUAUGUUUAAGGACCAUUUAAUGGGUACAUAUUCAGUAGUUUACAACUAUGUAUUUUAAUUCUCUUUAAAACUAUGAAUUUUAAUUCUCUUUGUGUCUAGAUAUUUCUGUGUGAGCAUUCACAGUAACUUUGAGCUGUAUUUCAAAGCACCAUUUUUUCCAGCCGUGUUCUUACUCCAGUUCUACCACAGCAAUAGGUGAACCCUUCAUGAACUCAGACACAUAUUAAGGAAAGCAGCAAGUACAAAGUACUUUGGUACCAUGUACAAGUACAAGUACAAAGUACCAUGACUUUUCUCCCUCCAGACAGCCAUGGCAGUCUCUCACCUCAGCCUGACAUUUAGGCAGCUUUCACUGAGGCCAUUAGCAGCUGUUCAAGGUAACCUGACACGUGGCAUGUGCUGCUGUAAUUUGUGGGUAGCCAGGGUAGGUACAAAGGGGAAGUUAGGUGUUUGUUUCAGCCUGUGUGUCGUGGGCAGAGCAGGAGCUACAGAGAUUAGAGAGAAGCCCCCCUCCUGAGUCAUGAGGCACAGACAGGACCCUCUUGCUUUCCAAACUCCUCAUAGAGGCCUCUGGGUGCAGCUGGAUCCAGCCUCAGUCCCAGAUCCUGUCAAUGGCUUAUGUUAAUGCAUUAAAUAGGCAUUAUUGAAUCUUUUCACAGCUUUGUCCCACAGGAUUAAGGAUAAAUUAGGGUUAUUAUUAGGGUUAUAACUUACUAUGAUAAUGAUGAGACUAAAAGAUCUUAAUCAGAAUUAUUUACUGCACAGUAUAAGUAGCUAUAACUACUAGUCUAGUUCAGUCCACUAUUUUUGAAGCAAUAUUGAAGCAAAGGUACAAAAGAAAUUAUGAAGUAGAGAUUGAUUGUACUCACCGAUACCGAUGACUGUGGGGAAAUCGCUUUCUCUCAGCUUUGACGGGUAACCUUGAGGCAAAUCUCAAGGAAGGAAUUUUCAGAAAGGGGAUUGUUGGAGGACCUCCCCACUCAUUAAAAAGUGGGAAUGGGCCCUAUGUUUCCAGACCAGCUGUGUCACCUCAGCAUCUUUAGAUAAGUUAGCAGUACCACUUGUUUGUUGCUUUAUCUGGUACCUUACCAGAUCUGCCACAGCUUCACCUUUCUGUCAGGAGUGUUUAACUCUGGGAUUGAUGAGUCAGGCAGGUUUCAGCAUUAUGCAGCACCAAAAGCACCAGGACAGCCCCUUCCUCCUCUGAUAGCUUUGCAAACAGGGCGUUAUUCCAGCUGUUUUACUGCCAUCCAGGCAGAGCAUCCUGCUACACCUCUUCACCCAACACCUGCCUGCUACAGAUGAAUUGCCCAACAACUCCUUACCAGUAUUCCGUGUGCAUUUCAAAUUCACUGAUGUUUCCAACUAUGCAUCGAUACCAUGUCUAGCAAAACCAUAACAAAAAUAAACCAAGAUACUAAAAAUA